UUUUUGUCGUGCGUUCUGUGGGACGCCGGUCGGUGUGUGUGGGUGACAGCCGCCGUACGUGGGCCCCUUACGCUAGGAAUUGUGCGCGCCUGCCGGCUGUACGUAAGAAUACAGAACAGCCAAACCACACAGGAACACGGCGUGACGCGUUACCAUGACAACCUGCUGACGUCAUCCCCAGAUCGUCCCGUCAACUGACAAGACACAACUUUGUCCUUGGAGUCAAAUUUUCCAGGAUCAGAGCUCUCGGAUUUCAACUAUCGUGUAUAUAAAACCCGGGAUUGCCAGUGUGUGAGCUGUGUACGGUUGUGGAUUGCGACGACGAGCCUUUGAAAGGAUUGCGUGUUUUCUGAGACUAUUCUGUAGGGACCUGUCAUGAUACAGGUGAUUUACAUCCUUCGGUAAAAAGAAAAAUCACAACACACAGACAUGUCGGACGGCGCGGCCCCGCCCGCUUCGCGCGGCAGCCCGCAAGGAGCCGAGAAGGAAGCCAACAAACCCCCGUCCCCGAAACCAGACCAGGAGGUGGCACCGCCGCUAAAAGAUAAGCCAGAAGAGCGCGAUGGCCGUAAGCCCACCCGGAGGAUGGGGGCCAGCAAGCCGCCGCCGCCUCAGCCGGGCAAGGCCAAGAACGUGGUUCUGUCAGGAGAAGCCAUGAAAGAGAUGCAGAAACAAGCUAAAGCCACUCGUGAGGAGCGCCGCCUACAGAUGGACGAGCGGCAUCGCUACCUCUUCACAAAGCUUGCGGACGCUCUGUCCCUGGACCUGACAGCGGUGGAGGAUGGCAUCUUGGGAGAUGAGAAGUUUGAUCUAAUUGAGGAGUUUUUCGGCGCGGACGGAGCGAAGAAACUCAUGUUCUUCUACCAGGACGCCAGCUUGAACCGAGAAAUGACGUCCUCGCGAGCAGAAACAUCACAGAGCAUGGGCGGUCCCAAACGCCUGUUUCUCACCACUGGCCAGGACGAGCCUCUGCUUGGCCAGUGUCUGUUCUUCCUACGCACAACCCCCAAGGGCAUUACAGUGGAGAACAUCUCAAAGGAGGUGAAUUUCGGCUCGGUUGAGGCCGGUGACGGCACCAUGCUACAGGGACUACAGAAGCUCAUGUCGUCCAUCAUGCUACCUGCACUCAAGUCCACAGAGAACUGGGGCGAGCUCGGCAAGUCCAGCGCCAACGCGCCGGUUCAGGACUUCCUGGAGUCGCUGGAAAAGUUCGUGUCCAGCCUGGCCAGCGCGCAGGGGAACAUGGAGGGCCAGGUCGUGCUGGCUGAGCCGCCGGAUGAUACCGGGUUGGACGCGCUCCGCACGCCCGCUGACUUCAUGCAAGCUGCCACCUCCGUGGAGAAAGUGGAGAAAAUGGAGGCCCUCCUGGCCCUAUGGGCGCGGCAGAUCGAGCAGGUUCUGGCCGAGUCCGAGCAGAUGCGACGCGAGGCUGACGACAUCGGGCCCUCCGCCGAGUUGGACCACUGGAAGAAACGGAUGGCCAAGUUCAACAGCCUGUUGGAACAGAUCAAGUCCCCCCGGUGCCGAGCUGUGAUUGGUGUGCUGAAUGCCGCCAAGUCCAAGGCCCUGAAGCGGUGGAAGGAGCUGGACGUCCGCAUCACAGACGCCGCCAACGAGGCAAAAGACAACGUGAAGUACCUGUACACACUGGACAAGUUCUUUGGACCACUGGUCAAGUGUACACCGGCCUCCAUGGUUGAGCACAUCCCUAGCCUGAUGAACAGCAUCCGGAUGAUCCACUCCAUCUCUCAGUACUACAACACCUCCGAACGCAUGACCUCUCUCUUUGUCAAGGUCACCAACCAGAUGAUCACCACCUGCAAGGCCUACAUCAACCAGGGAACAACCAGGAUCUGGGAACAUGAAAGGAUGGAGGUGCUGAAGCGUAUUCAGGACUCCAUCAGGCUGAACUCGGAGUACCAGCGAGCCUUCCACAAGACUAAGGAAAAACUGAGGGAGAGCCCAGAGGAGAGGCAGUUCGAGUUCAGUGAGAACUACAUCUUUGGGAAGUUUGACACCUUCUGCAAACGUCUGGAGCGUGUUGGUGACAUGAUCUCCACCAUGGAGCGGCUGUCAGGGUUGUCUGAUGUCAAGAUUGAAGGCAUCGACAACAUCGGGCUGCGGUUCCAGACUAUUGUCAGGUCUGCCACCAGCAAGACAUAUGAUGUCCUGGAUCACAGGAAGGCAGAGUUUGAUAAUGACUACUGGGAGUUCAGGAAGCAGAUUGAUGCCCUGCAGACCACCCUACAGGCCUUCAUCGACGGCUGGUUUGACAGAGGACUGUCGACUGAGAAGUCCCUGGAGCUUCUGGAUAAGUGUGAGAAGAUCUCCGGCGCCCAGCUGGACCUGGAGGAUAAGUACAUGAGGGUCCUGCACCAGUACGGCCGAGACCUGGAGUCCACCAGAAAAAACUACCAGAAACUCAAGGCCGACCCUCCCAUUCCCAGAAACUACCCACCGAUUGCUGGGAAGAUUGCCUGGUCCCGUCAGCUGUACAGGAAGAUUGAGACUCCCAUGAUGAUCUUCAAGACGAAGGAGGAUCUCAUGAAGACACCUGACGCCAAGAAGAUUGUCCGAAGCUUCAACAAGACAGCUGCAGUACUGAUGGAGUUUGAGAUGCUGUAUCACCGUGGAUGGUGCCGGGCUGUUGAUGCAGCAAAGACAGGCCUCAAUGCCUCACUUUUCGUCAAACAUCCAGAGACUAAGGAACUGUUUGUGAACUUUGACCCCUCCGUGAUGGAGUUGAUCAUGGAGUCUAAGCAGCUGGCUAAGAUGGGUCUGGAGAUCCCGGAGGGGGCCGAGACUCUGGUGCUGAGGGAGAAGGAGAUCAAGGACAACGUGCAGGCACUGAACGAGCUUCUGUCUGACUACAAGAAGCUGACAGACAGCAUCACCCCCAUCCUGCAGCCUCUCAUGAAGCCUGUCAUUGGUCAGAUUGAUGACGCCAUCAAGCCUGGACUGACCAUGCUCAGCUGGACGUCUCUCAACAUCAAGCAGUACAUCAGUGAGGUGUACAAGGUGAUGGAGAAGGUGGAACUGUUGGUGAAACAGGUGACAGACAUGUUGGAGUGCCGUAUCGAUGCCUCCCUGAGUGACAUGUCCUCCACCAGUCUGUGUGAGCUGCCUGAAGACGAGCCCAUCUCUGUGGAGGAGUUCCUACAGAUUACAGAACAGACAUGCGCCAAGGCAGCUGUCUCUCUGUCCACACAGAGCCAUCUGGUGGAGACUUCUGUCCUGGAGCUGGUGGAGCUGCUGAAGAGUUUCCUCCGUGAGAAGGACAAGGUCAACCUGGAGGACAACUACCCCUGCUCCCACCCUGAUGCCAGACACAAGGGCCAGCGCUGUACAGAGUGUCUGCCGUGUGUGUACUUCAACCUGCUCACAUACUUCAGCCAGAGGAACACAGACGCACUUGUCAAAUGCACACGUAUGACCAUGGAUGGCAUCAAGAAGCGUCUCCAGUCGCCCAGCCUGAAGUACGCCACGUCGCCACAGCUGAAAAGGGACGACAAGCGGCCACCGCUCUUCAAGGCAGACAUUGUGCUGAGCAUUCCAAACAUUGCCCUGAAGCCGAGCCUGGAUGAGAUCCAGAACUCCCUGAACAAGGCCGUGGCUGUGAUGAUGAACGUUGCUAAGGACAUCCCUGUGUGGGGUCACACCCGGCGACAGCAGGAGCAGCAGAUCAGGGAAAUGGAGCAGAUGAUAGCAGAGGGAGGAGAUGAAGCUAAGACAGUGGUCCACGGCAUGGCCCCCAAACCUCUCCACAAACUCAUCAGUGAACACAAGGAUGUGGUGAAAGUUCAGGUUGCGCUGAACAACAUUGUGAAUGGCCUGAAGGUGGACUGCCAGGAACUGCUGGAACAGUUCAAGGGAUAUGAGGAGCUCUGGACAGCGGAUCCAGAGGAGCGUGUGCAGGAGUUCCUGAAGACCGAGCCCAUCCUGUCGGAGUUUGAGUUCCACAUCCGGCACUACCAGGAGCUGCAGACCAUGAUCGAGUCCAUGCCGCCAGACUACCGCAUUGGAGCCAUCAUCUGUCUCACAGACAACAUACAGAUGGCCCUGAAGACCGAGACUCGCAACUGGAAACUGGCAUUCGGCAAGGCACUGAACAACAAGGCUGGCAUUGACAUGCAGGACAUCUUUGACUUCAUCGAAAACCUCAACAAGCGUCUCCAGCGGCCAAUCAACGACCUGGACGACGUCCGUGGCGCCAUGGCGGCUCUCGGCGAGAUCCGCGAGAACGAGAUUAAGAUCGACAUGACCAUCGGGCCGAUUGAGGAGUCGUACGCACUGCUGAACCGCUUUGAGCUCUUCUUCAACGACGGGAACGCCGAGAGGGUGGACACCAUUGGGUACCAGUGGAAGCAGCUGCAACAAGUGAGCACUGAUAUAUCCAGCAAACUGUUGGAGAUCCAGACUCCCUUCAAGGGAGACCUUCUCAGCGGUGUGGAGCGUUUCAUUGUGGAGGUGGACGACUUCGUGGGUGAAUAUGACGUCAAGGGUCCGAACAUCCAGGGCAUCUCACCACGUGAGGCCUCAGACAGGCUGACCAUCUUCCAGGCGCGUUUCGACGAGCUGUGGCGUAAGUACGUCACCUACAACGGGGGAGAGGAACUGUUCGGCCUGGCCAUCACUGAGUACCCUGACCUGCAGAGGAUCAGGAAGGAACUGGCUCUGCUGCAGAAGCUCUACACCCUCUACAACAAUGUGCUGGACACAGUGGACGGAUACUACGACAUCCCAUGGGUUGACAUUGACAUUGACAAGAUCAACAACGAGCUCAUGGACUUCCAGAACAAGUGCCGUAAGCUGCCCAAAGCUCUGAAGGAAUGGGAGGCUUUCCUGGACCUGAAGAAGAGAAUUGAUGACUUCAGUGAGACCUGUCCUCUCCUGGAGAUGAUGGCUAACAAAGCCAUGAUGGGUCGGCACUGGGAGCGCAUCGCAAAACUCACAAGUCACACUUUUGAUGUGGAGGCAGACAACUUCCUCCUGAGGAAUAUCAUGAUGGCACCACUACUCCAGUUCAAGGAGGACAUUGAGGAUGUGUGCAUCUCAGCCACCAAGGAGAAGGACAUCGAAGCCAAGCUGAAACAGGUGAUAGCAGACUGGAGCACCCAGAUCUUCACCUUCUCACCCUUCAAGACACGAGGAGAGUUGCUGCUGAAGGGAGCAGAUGUUACAGAGAUUGUGGCUCUUAUGGAGGACUCACUCAUGGUGCUGGGGUCUCUCAUGAGCAACAGGUACAACGCACCUUUCAAACCCACCAUACAAAAGUGGGUGCAGCAGCUUUCGGGUACCUCUGAGAUUAUUGAGAUGUGGAUGACUGUGCAGAACCUGUGGAUCUAUCUGGAGGCUGUGUUUGUGGGAGGUGACAUCGCAAAGCAGCUGCCUCAGGAAGCGAAGCGGUUCAGCCAGAUUGACAAGUCGUGGAUGAAGAUCAUGCAGCGUGCGCACGAGAACCCCAACGUGGUGCAGUGCUGUGUCGGGGACGACACGCUGGGACAGCUGCUGCCCCACCUGCUGGAACAGCUGGAGAUGUGCCAGAAGUCACUGACUGGCUACCUGGAGAAGAAGAGACUGGUGUUCCCAAGGUUCUUCUUCGUGUCUGACCCUGCGCUACUGGAGAUCCUGGGCCAGGCGUCCGACCCCCACACCAUCCAGCCCCACCUGCUGUCCGUGUUUGACAACACCAAGGCUGUCACCUUCGACGAGAAGCAGUACGAGAAAAUCCUCAGCGUGUCCUCACAGGAAAAUGAGAAGAUUGACCUUGAGAAGCCGGUGGUUGCCCAGGGUAACGUGGAACAGUGGCUGGGCCUGCUCAUGAACGAGUCACAGAAGUCCAUCCACGGGGUCAUCAGGCAGGCUUCUGUCGCCAUCGACGACCCCAACUUCAAGAUGAUUGAGUUUCAGAACGUCUUCCCCAGCACAGUUGAGAGUGUAUUCCUCUGACAGGUUGGCCUGCUGGGUAUCCAGAUGAUCUGGACCCGUGACUCAGAAGAGGCGUUGAAGAAUGCCCGUGUGGACAAGAAGGUCAUGGCCACAACUAACCAGCACUUCCUCGACAUGCUGAAUGACCUGAUCGACAUGACCACCAAAGAUCUCACCAAGUACGAACGGACCAAGUACGAAACUCUCAUCACCAUCCACGUGCAUCAGAGGGACAUCUUUGAUGAGCUGGUGAAAAAGAACACGAAGAGCACGGGUGACUUUGAUUGGCUGAAGCAGACGAGGUUCUACUACAAGGAGGACGUGGACCAGUGUCUCAUCUCCAUCACUGACGUCGACUUUGAGUACCAGAACGAGUUCCUGGGAUGUCAGGAGCGGCUGGUCAUCACACCACUGACUGACAGAUGCUACAUCACCCUUGCCCAGGCCCUGGGCAUGAGUAUGGGAGGAGCGCCGGCCGGCCCAGCAGGUACAGGCAAGACUGAGACCACCAAGGACAUGGGGCGCUGUCUGGGCAAGUUUGUCGUCGUCUUCAACUGUUCUGAUCAGAUGGACUACAGAGGGCUCGGCAGGAUCUACAAAGGACUGGCCCAGUCCGGCAGCUGGGGCUGUUUUGAUGAGUUUAACCGUAUCGAGCUGCCUGUGCUCUCCGUGGCUGCUCAGCAGAUGGCUGUUCUCUUCAACUGUAAGAAGGAGCGCAGGAAGCAGUUUGUCUUCACUGACGGAGAUGUGGUGGACAUGAACGCUGAGUUCGGCAUCUUCCUCACAAUGAACCCCGGCUACGCCGGUCGUCAGGAGCUUCCGGAGAACCUGAAGAUCAUGUUCCGUACGGUGGCCAUGAUGGUUCCUGACCGACAGAUCAUCAUGCGUGUGAAGAUGGCGUCCUGUGGUUUCCAGCAGAACAUCGUCCUGGCUCGCAAGUUCUUCAUGCUCUACAAGCUGUGUGAGGAACAGCUGUCCAAGCAGGUUCACUACGAUUUCGGUCUGCGUAACAUCCUGUCAGUGCUGCGGACCAUGGGAGGCUUCAAGCGCUCCAACCCUCAGGACAGCGAGGUGGUGACGGUGAUGCGGAUUCUGCGUGACAUGAACCUGUCCAAACUGGUGGACGAGGAUGAGCCACUUUUCCUGAGUCUGAUCGAGGAUCUGUUCCCCGGGAUCACCCUGGACAAGGCUGGCUACCCGGAUAUAGAGGCUGCCAUUCAGCACCAGACUGAGGAGGCUGGGCUGGUUCACCAUGCCCCGUGGGUGCUGAAACUGAUCCAGCUGUACGAGACCCAGCGUGUGCGCCACGGGUUCAUGACCCUCGGGCCCAGCGGAACAGGCAAGACCAACUGUAUCCACGUCCUCAUGAAGGCCAUGUCUGACUGUGGUGCUCCUCACAAGGAGAUGAGGAUGAACCCCAAGGCUAUCACGGCGUCUCAGAUGUUCGGUACCCUGGACGUGGCCACAAAUGACUGGACAGACGGCAUCUUCUCCACCCUGUGGAGAAAGUCUCUGAAGGUGAAGAAGACAGACAACACCUGGAUUGUCCUGGAUGGACCUGUGGACGCCAUCUGGAUUGAGAAUCUCAACAGUGUGCUGGAUGACAGUAAGACACUGACUCUGGCCAACGGAGAUCGGAUCAGAAUGGCACCGAACUGCAAAAUCGUCUUUGAGGUGCACAACAUUGACAACGCGUCCCCAGCCACGGUGUCGCGUAACGGCAUGGUGUACAUGUCGAGCUCGGCGCUGGACUGGAAGCCCAUCCUGCAGGGCUGGCUCAACAAGCGGCCGCAGCAACAGCAAGACAUCCUCAUGACGCUGUUCGAGGGAAUCUUCACAGAGCUGUACCGAUAUGUCAACCAGGACCUGCAUGCUAAGAUGAAGGUUCUGGAGUGUAACUACAUCAAACAGGCCAUCGACCUACUGGAGGGGCUGAUUCCAGGUCCUGACCACCCACCCAGCCAGAUCAUGCUGGAGAGGAUCUUUGUCUUCACCCUCAUGUGGUCACUGGGAUCACUGCUGGAGCUGGACGACAGGGAGAAGCUGGAACAGUUUAUUGUAGAUAAUGGGGGUGGUCUGAACCUGCCACCUGUGGACAAGAGCAAACAGGAGACCAUCUUUGAGUACGUGGUGAAAGAUGACGGAGAGUGGGAGCACUGGUCUAACCGUGUGGAAGAGUACAUCUAUCCCAAAGACUCCACCCCAGAGUACCAGUCCAUCCUGGUGCCUAACGUGGACAACGUGAGGUCAGACUUCCUCAUGGACACCAUCAUGAAGCUGGGCAAACCUGUCCUGCUGAUCGGUGAACAGGGAACGGCCAAAACUGUCAUCAUCAAGGGUUACUGCUCGCGCUACAACCCAGAGCAGCACAUGUACAAGAGUCUGAACUUCUCGUCUGCCACCACACCGCUGAUGUUCCAGCGAACCAUCGAGAGUUACGUGGACAAACGGAUGGGAACAACAUACGGACCACCUGCUGGCAAGAAGAUGACAGUGUUUGUUGAUGAUGUGAACAUGCCGCUAAUUAACGAGUGGGGAGACCAGAUCACUAACGAGAUUGUGCGGCAGCUCAUGGAGUGGAACGGCUUCUACAACCUGGAGAAACCUGGUGAGUUCACCAACAUCGUGGACACCCAGUUCGUCGCCGCCAUGAUCCACCCGGGCGGCGGCAGGAACGACAUCCCCGAGCGUCUCAAACGUCGCUUCAGCAUCUUCAACCUCACCCUGCCCUCCAAUGCCUCUAUGGACAAGAUCUUCAAAACCAUCGGCUGUGGGCACUACUGCCCGGAGAGGGGCUUCAGUCCGGCAGUCUGCGAACUUGUCAAGAACCUGGUGCCUGUUACAAGGCGGCUGUGGCAGGCCACCAAACAGAAGAUGUUGCCGACCCCGGCCAAGUUCCACUACAUCUUCAACCUGCGUGACUUGAGCCGCAUCUGGCAGGGCAUGAUCAACAUGAUCCACGAAGUGGCCAAAGACACAGGGCUCAUUAUGUCGCUAUGGAAACACGAGUGCUUCCGUGUCAUCGCGGACCGGUUUACGAACCACCAGGACGUGGAGUGGUUCGACCGGGCAGUGUCGCGAAUUGGGGAGGAGGACCUCGGGCCGGAGCUGGCGGGUCUGAUCCCGAAAGAACCGUACUUCAUGGACUUCAUGCAGGAUGCUCCAGAGGCUACAGGAGACGAGCCAGAUGACGCUGACCUCGACGCUCCAAAGAUCUACGAGCCGAUCGAUUCAUACGAACAGCUGCAGGAGAGGCUGAACAUGUUCAUGGCCCAGUAUAAUGAGUCGGUACGCAGCGGGAAGAUGGACCUGGUGUUCUUCAAGGAUGCCAUGACCCAUCUGGUGAAGAUCUCUCGCGUCAUCCGAACACCGCGAGGAAACGUUCUGCUGGUCGGUGUGGGAGGUUCUGGCAAACAGAGCUUGACCAGGCUGGCUUCGUUCAUUGCUGGGUACAAGAGUUUCCAGAUCACGCUGUCUCGGUCCUACAACGUGUCUAACCUGAUGGACGACCUGAAGACCCUGUACCGCGUGGCCGGGCAGGAGGGGAAGGGCAUCACCUUCGUCUUCACAGAUAACGAGAUCAAGGACGAGGCCUUCUUGGAGUACAUGAACAACGUGCUCGCCUCUGGGGAGGUGUCCAACUUGUUCGCUCGUGACGAGAUCGACGAGAUCACAAACGAGCUGAUCGGCGUGAUGAAGAAGGAGUAUCCACGGCGACCACCGACCAAUGAGAACCUGUACGAGUACUUCCUGUCGCGGGUGUGCAACAACCUCCACGUGGCGCUGUGCUUCUCUCCCGUCGGUGAGAAGUUCAGGAACAGGUCGCUCAAAUUCCCUGCACUGAUCUCAGGCUGCACGAUGGAUUGGUUCAGCAGGUGGCCAAAGGACGCUCUGAUUGCCGUGUCCACCCACUUCCUGUCAUCCUACGAUGUCAAAUGCUCACCAGAGGUUAAGGAGAGCAUGCAGUCUACCAUGGGAGUUUUCCAGGACCUGGUAGCAGAGUGCUGCGUCCAGUACUUCGAACGUUUCCGUCGCCAGACCCACGUGACGCCGAAGUCCUACCUGUCCUUCAUCGAUGGCUACAAGACCAUCUACAGCCAGAAGCUGGACACCAUCCAAACACUCGCAAUGAGGAUGAACACAGGAUUGCUGAAACUGCAGGAGGCUUCAGAAUCGGUAAACGAACUCUCAAAGGAACUGGCUGUGAAAGAAAAGGAUCUGGCAGUGGCCUCAAAGAAGGCUGAUGCGGUGCUCGCUGAGGUGACCGUCAGCGCCCAGGCUGCAGAGAAAGUGAAGGCUCAGGUACAGAAGGUGAAGGAUAAGGCCCAGGCUAUUGUGGAUGAGAUUGAACGUGACAAGGCCGUGGCAGAGAAGAAGCUGGAGGCCGCCAAACCCGCCCUGGAGGAGGCUGAGGCUGCUCUGGGGACCAUCAAACCUGCUGACAUUGCCACUGUGCGUAAGCUGGGCAAGCCUCCUCACCUGAUCAUGCGGAUCAUGGACUGUGUGAUCCUGCUCUUCCAACGGAGGAUCGACACCGUCACCGCGGAUCCUGAGCGACCCUGCAUGAAGCCGUCCUGGGGCGAGUCGCUCAAACUCAUGAACGACUCAAAGUUCCUCAGCUACCUGCUGCAGUUCCCCAAGGACACCAUUAAUGAUGAAACAGUGGACCUACUCGCUCCAUACAUGGAGAUGGACGACUACACACUGGAGAAUGCCAAGAAGGUGUGCGGUAACGUCGCCGGUCUGCUGUCCUGGACGUCUGCCAUGGUCAACUUCUUCUCCAUCAACAAGGAGGUUCUGCCUCUCAAGGCCAACCUGGCCAUCCAGGAGUCACGUCUGGGCAAGGCUACGGCAGAGCUGGAGGCUGCCCAAGCUCAACUGGACGAAAAGCAGAGAGAACUGGACGCUGUACAGGCUCAGUACGACGCUGCCAUGAAGACAAAGCAAGACCUGAUGGACGACGCCGAGGCCUGCAGGAGGAAGAUGAACAAUGCCACCACACUCAUCGAGGGUCUGGGCGGAGAGAAGAUCCGCUGGACUGAAGCUAGCAGAAGAUUUGAGGACCAGAUUCGUAGGCUGGUAGGAGAUGUGUUGCUGGCCACAGGUUUCCUGUCGUACUCGGGACCUUUCAACCAGGAGUACAGGACUCUGCUGCAGAAGAACUGGAAGAAAGAGAUGCAGAAGGCGCGCAUCCCCUUCAGUGAUGACCUGAACCUGAUCACAAUGCUGGUGGACAAUGCAACCAUUGGGGAGUGGAACCUGCAGGGACUGCCGAAUGAUGAACUGUCCAUCCAGAACGGCAUCAUCGUCACCAAGGCAACUCGUUACCCGCUGCUGAUUGAUCCACAAGGACAAGGAAAGAUCUGGAUCAAAAACAAGGAGAAGAACAAUGAGCUGCAGGUGACAGCGCUGAACCACAAGUACUUCCGUAACCACCUGGAGGACUCCCUGUCCCUGGGCAGACCCCUGCUGCUGGAGGAUGUGGGGGAGGAGCUGGACCCGGCUCUGGACAACGUGCUGGAGAAGAACUUCAUCAAACAGGGCAGUACGCUCAAGGUGAAAGUGGGAGAUAAGGAGGUAGAUGUGAUGGAUGGUUUCCGGUUCUACAUCACCACUAAGCUGGCUAACCCUGCCUACACACCCGAGAUCAGCGCCAGGACUUCUAUUAUUGACUUCACUGUCACCAUGAAGGGUCUGGAGGACCAGUUGCUGGGGCGUGUGAUCCUCACAGAGAAGGCAGAGCUGGAGGAGGAACGCACAAAACUCAUGGAGGACGUCACGGCUAACAAGAGGAAGAUGCAGGAACUAGAGGACAACCUGCUGUACCGCCUGACCAGCACACAGGGCUCCCUGGUGGAGGACGAGUCUCUUAUCCAGGUGCUGCAGACCACCAAGGUCACCGCCCAGGAGGUCACCGAGAAGCUGAACAUCGCCGCGGAGACGGAGAUUAAGAUUAACACCGCCCGAGAGGAGUUCCGUCCAGUCGCGAGCCGCGGCUCCAGCCUGUACUUCCUGAUCGUGGAGAUGUCCAUGGUUAACAUCAUGUACCAGACUGCACUGGGACAGUUCCUGGGACUGUUCGAUAUCUCCAUGGCCAGGUCUGCCAAGAGUCCCAUCCCGAGCAAGCGUAUCGCCAACAUCAUCGAGUACCUGACAUUUGCGGUGUUUAAGUACACGGCACGAGGGCUGUACGAGGAGCACAAGUUCCUCUUCACUCUGCUGCUCACUCUCAAGAUUGACCUACAGGGACACAAGAUCAAGCACAACGAGUUCCAGUCCUUCAUCAAGGGAGGUGCUGCCCUGGACCUGAACGCCGUGGAACCAAAACCCAAGAAGUGGAUCCUGGACAUGACCUGGCUUAACUUGGUCCAACUCAGCAAACUGCCACAGUUCUCACAGAUCCUGAGCCAGAUCUCCGGCAAUGACAAGGCCUGGAAGAACUGGUUUGACACAGAUGCCCCAGAGGAGGAGGUCAUUCCAGAUGGAUACAGUGCCUCCUUGGACACCUUCCGUAAGCUGCUGCUGAUCCGUUCCUGGUGCCCAGACCGUAUCGCUGCCCAGGCCAGACACUACAUCGCCGAGUCCAUGGGGCCGGAGUACGCCGAGAGCGUGAUUCUGGACCUGGAGGGGAUGUGGGAGGAGUCAGAGACAUCAACACCUAUGAUCUGUCUCCUGUCCAUGGGCUCUGAUCCGACUGAUGCCAUCGAGCGUCUGGCUAAGAAGCACAACCUUAAGUGCCGAGCCAUCUCCAUGGGGCAGGGACAGGAGGUCCACGCUCGCAGACUGUUCCAGCAGGCAUCCACCGAGGGAGGAUGGAUCCUGCUGCAGAACUGCCACUUGGGUCUACAGUACAUGGAGGAGUUGAUGGACGCCAUCCUGACCCUGGAGAACCCCCACGACACCUUCCGUGUGUGGAUCACCACCGAGGUGCAGCCCAAGUUCCCCAUCAACCUGCUGCAGAUGUCCAUCAAGUUCAGUAACGACCCGCCACAGGGCAUGAAGGCUGGACUCAAGAGGACGUACAACAUUGUCACUCAGGACCAACUUGACGUGACCAACAUGCCCCAGUGGAGACCCAUGCUGUAUGCUGUGGCCUUCUUACACACAGUGGUACAGGAGAGGCGUAAGUUUGGCCCCAUCGGGUGGAACAUCCCCUACGAGUUCAACCAGGCUGACUUCACCGCCACCGUGCAGUUUGUGCAGAACCAUCUGGAUGACAUCGAUCCUAAGAAGGGCGUGUCGUGGAAGACAGUCCACUACAUGAUCGGUGAGGUGAACUACGGCGGGAGGGUCACAGACGACUAUGACAAACGUUUCCUGAACACGCUGGCUCGCGUCUGGUUCGGAGAACACAUGUUCCAGGAGAAGUUCAAGUUCUACACAGGUUACAUCAUUCCCAAGUGCCGUACCCUGGAGGAGUAUCGCACACAGAUAGAAGGCAUGUCACUGGUGGACUCACCGGAGGUGUUUGGUCUCCAUCCAAAUGCAGACAUCACUUAUCAGACCAACAUGGCGAACAUGGUGCUGAACACCAUCAUGAACAUCCAGCCUAAGGACAGUGGAGGUGGAGGAGGGGAGACCAGGGAGACCGUCGUCGCUCGACAGGCGACUGAGAUGCUGGAGAAACUACCUCCUGACUUCAUCCCUCAUGAGGUGAAAGACCGUCUGCAGAAGAUGGGUGCCCUGUCUCCCAUGAACAUCUUCCUGCGUCAGGAGAUAGACCGGAUGCAGCGUGUCAUCACCCUGGUCAGGAGCACGCUCAAGGACCUGAAGCUGGCCAUUGACGGCACCAUCAUCAUGUCUGAGAACCUGAGGGACGCUCUGGACAACAUCUACGACGCCCGAGUGCCAGGGGCAUGGAAAAAGAUUUCCUGGGAGUCUGCAACGCUGGGUUUCUGGUUCACAGACCUGCUGGAGAGGAACGCCCAGUUCUCCAGCUGGCUGUUCGACGGCAGACCUAAUCAGUUCUGGAUGACGGGAUUCUUCAACCCACAGGGUUUCCUGACAGCCAUGAGACAGGAGAUCACCCGUUCCCACCAGGGCUGGGCGCUGGACACCGUCGUGCUGCACAAUGACGUCACCAAGAUGAUGAAGGAAGACAUCACCUCACCUCCUCAAGAAGGAGUGUACAUCUACGGCCUGUACCUGGAUGGAGCCGGUUGGGACAGGAAGAACAUCCGGCUGAUCGAGCCCCAGCCGAAGGUGCUGUUCACACAGAUCCCCGUGGUGCAUGUCUACGCCAUCAACACUUCCCUGCCGACCACCAUCGUCAAGCCACGCGCUGGCUACUGCUUCUACGAGUGUCCGGUGUACAAGAAGCCUCGCCGUACAGACCUGACGUACAUCUUCCCGCUGAAACUCAGCAGUACCAUCAACCACGGGUCCGACCGUUGGAUUCUCCGUGGCGUGGGACUUCUGUGCGACACCAAGUAGACAUUCCUCAUGGCCACAAAAUCUUUCACGGCCAAGAAAAAAACAUCAUCACCAUCUGUAUCUAUCCUAUGGAGUUGGUACAAAUUUUAAAAAAUGCUGCUUUGAGAUUUGCUGUUUAUUGCCUGGUUGUGUAAAGCUUGUUCCCAUCAUGAAACCGCCUUGUUCCUAUAGCUCAGAAAACGACAGAAGCAUUUUUUUGCUGACCAUGUUAAACUUUCCAAACCUGAUGACGAAAAUGCUGCUUUCAAACUUGCUGUGCUCUUGUGGUGCAAAAAUGUUCAAUUUGCAUGAGGUUUUGCUUU